AGGCCAUUCCGCUCCCUAAUUAGGUUGGGCUUUUCGGUUCCCUUCACCUCAUGUCUUUUUGCUCCAGCCUCUGUCUUUCUCUCUUCUUCGCUUAAGCCUUUGGAGAUUCGUAACACAGCUGCAAAGCUUUCAGGGAAAGCUGUUCUACUCGUCGGCGACCGAUUUUGCAGGUAGCCGUCAUUAAGACAACUACUGAAAGACAAAUACCCGGGAAUGUUUGAAGAUGUGCUUGCUUGCAAAAUCCUUGCCCACAACUAAUGACAGGGUAGUUCCAUCUGUGGUGGCUCUACUUUCUGAUAAAAAUGGACACAACUUUUUGAACUGGGCUACAUUCUUUGAGCUCACACACAAUGGAUUACGAAGUAUAAUAACCUUUUUGUCAUUAUAUCAUGAGAUUAUGGAGGAUGGUUGAAUGCUUGGCCUCUUAAAUUCUGCUUCUCUACAUAUUAAAUAUCAGUUUUAGAGAGUAGUGCUCAAAUUAUUCUGCUGCUUGACGUAGAUUCAGCAAAUAAUAAAAACAAUGGUGAAUAAAGGGUGUUUAUUGCUGCAAAAGUACGAGCUUGGCAGACUACUAGGACAAGGAACUUUUGCAAAAGUAUACUACGCCAGAAAUGUUAGUACCAACCAAAGUGUUGCUAUAAAAAUGAUUGACAAAGAGAAGGUGCUGAAGGCUGGGCUCAUGGAUCAGAUCAAACGUGAGAUCUCAAUAAUGAAAUUGGUGAAGCAUCCGAAUAUCGUACAGUUUUAUGAAGUCAUGGCUACAAAGACCAAGAUUUAUUUUGUGAUGGAAUAUGUCAAAGGAGGUGAACUUUUCAGCAAGAUUGCCAGGGGCAGGCUUGAGGAGGAUGUUGCAAGAAAAUACUUUCAACAGCUAAUUAGCGCUGUUGAAUUUUGUCACAGCAAAGGUGUUUAUCACCGCGAUUUGAAACCUGAAAACCUCCUCCUGGAUGAAAGUGGUAAUUUGAAACUCUCAGAUUUUGGCUUGAGCGCUCUCACCGAGUCGGCAAGGCAGGAUGGCUUGCUUCACACUACUUGUGGAACUCCAGCCUAUGUUGCUCCUGAGGUGAUAGGUAGGAAAGGUUAUGAUGGAGCUAAAGCGGAUACCUGGUCCUGUGGAGUGAUCCUCUAUGUACUUUUGGCUGCCUAUCUGCCUUUUCAUGAUUCAAAUUUGAUGGAGAUGUACAGGAAGAUCGAGAAGGCUGAAUUUAGAUGUCCUAAUUGGUUUCCUUCUAAAGCACGAAAGUUGUUGGCUAAGAUGUUAGACCCAAAUCCAAGUACCAGAAUCUCAAUUGAUAAGAUUCUUUCAAAUUCUUGGUUUAAAAAGGAAUUUAAUGGCAAUCAAAUUGUUGCUGACAGCGAGUCAAAAGAAAUUAGUCCCUCUGAUCAUAACUCUACAUUUAGUUCCAGUGGUAGCAACAGUCAGGCCGAGCAAAAACCUGAUGUUAUGAAGCUUAAAACCAUGAAUGCAUUUGAUAUCAUCUGUCUUUCUGAUGGAUUUGAUCUUUCAGGUUUAUUCGUGGAUCGUGAUCACAGAAAAGAAGCACGUUUUACUUCCUGGCAGCCUGCUGCUGCCAUUAUCUCGAAGCUAGAGGAAGUCGCUAAGAGGCUGAGGUUCAAAGUGCAGAAGAAGGACGGCGGGUUCAUGAAAAUGGAAGUAAAAAAGAGAGGAAGGAAGGGUGUUUUAGCCAUUGAUGCUGAGAUAUUUGAGAUUACACCUUCAUUUCACAUGGUGGAGAUGAAGAUGACUAAUGGAGAUACACUUGAGUUUGAGAAACUCUGUAACGAGAAUAUUAGGCCUGCCCUUAAAGGCAUGGUCUGGAGUUGGCUAGGCGAAAUGGGGAAUUUACGGCAGCUGCAGACUUGAGUACUUCUUUUGCAAGCCAUUUAAAUUCUUUUUUUUUUUUUCCCUCGUUCAAGUAAAUU